AUGGGUCGCGUUGUCCAGAUCACGACUGCUGUUGCCACAUCGUUCGAGUUCGUCCUAGCAACUUGCCUCCUUGCCGUCUUCGCAUCUGCAUACCCUGAUCGAUACCGCACAGCACUGUGGCACGAAGGUGGAAACAAAAGCUUGAACUCGGAUCCUAGCUACCGUACAUACUUAUGGGCAAACUACAAGGACGUACCACCGAUGCCGAUAGUCUGGGAUGAAAGGUCCACACAGUAUAGUCUCUGCAUUGCCAUCAUCACCAUGGUCCUAUGGUUCGUCCGACUCUGUAUCCGAGGACGGACCCUAGAUGUUUACGGCGCGGUCAUGUGCAACAUGCUGUACGACCUCAUGUUGAUCACACUAUGGUCUUAUAGUGCUGUCAUUCAAUCUUCCGGUGAUUACUCCGAUCCAAAGCAUAUCGCACUGCACCCCUGGUAUCUCGAAAGUGGAUGCGCAGAAGCCUGGCCAAACAACAGAGCUGGUUGCCGCGCUGCCAAAGCUUCUCUUGGCCUUGCGGUCUUCGCAGCUCUAUGGUUCGGUGUUAGAUGUACCACAACUUGCAUGUACGGCGCCUAUAUGUACGGCAAAAGCUCCAAGGACGCAGACGUCGUCAAUGUUGAUAUCGAGAAGCGCUGCAUCUGGCUUCCAUGUAAAUGUACUUGA